CUGCUCUUCCCUCCUCGUGGGCUGUUUUUGAUGAGCCAGAAGAGAGGACUGAAUUGCAUGCACGCUCCUGGGGACCGAUGCCAGGGCGAAGAGUGGAGCUACAGUUUUUGUUCUUGAGUGGAGAAUGGGGAAAACGCUUGCCUUAGUGCUAUAUUCUGCUCAGCUGUUACAUGCUUCUCUGAGCUGCUGCAAGGUGCCACUUUCUGCUGCUUUUCUCCCCUUUGUUUUCUUUGGCAGCUCCCUAAGUGCUGUAUCAAAACAGCUUCAGGGGAGCUGCGCUGGCACAGUGACCUACCUCCAUACUGGUGCUGGUUUAAAUGCAACAAGAAGAAACCUGGACUGAAGUUGGAUUGAAUUUGUUUCCACGAAAACCACUAAGAAAGGGCACAGGGACAAUUUCAGAAAAGUCUGUUUGGAACCGACGCCAAAAGCUGGGUUGAAAGAAAAUGAAAAAGGAGUGUGUCUCGAGAUCUUUCAAACUGAAACAAAACCCAGGCUCCCUCUCCCGUGCUGUCAGCUGGAUAAAUUUCUCCUCCUUGUCAAGGCAGACAAAGAGAUUGUUUCGCAGCGAUGGUGAACUCUCCUCCAUGUGCCUGCAGCAGGUAGAUGAGGAUGACGAGAACUGGAUCUACAGGAGCCAGCAGAGAAAAGCUGUUUCCAACCUAGAUGAAGAGAGUAGAUGGUCUGUGCAUUAUACUGCUCCAUGGCACCAGCAGGAAAAUGUCUUCCUACCCUCCUCAAGACCACCUUGUGUGGAGGACCUGCACAGACAAGCCAAGCUGAACCUCAAGUCAGUACUAAGAGAGUGUGACAAGCUGCGACGGGAUGGCUACCGGAGCUCGCAGUAUUACUCUCAGGGCCCCACCUUCUCCUCAUCCUCCAGUGCAAUAUGUGGAAGUUACCAGGAUGAUUAUGAAGAAAUUGAACAAAAGUGUCCUGUCUCUCCCCCUGAAGAGGAAAAACUUAUUACCAUCAAAAGACCUAAAAGUCCAGCUUCAAAUGAGUUGUCAGAUAUCAACACUCAAACCAACUGGACCAAGUCACUCCCACUGCCAACUCCAGAAGAGAAAAUGCGACAACAAGCACAGGCCGUUCAAACAGAUGUGGUUCCUAUUAAUGUGACUGGGGAGAAUUUCGACCGCCAGGCCAGCAUUCGGCGGUCUCUUAUUUACACAGACACGGUGGUAAGACGGCCGAAGAAAGUCAAAAGGAGAAAGACUAUUACAGGAAUCCCUGACAACAUACAAAAGGAGCUAGCAGUUGGCACUGGCCAAAGUGAUUUCCGAGGGCAUUCGAUGUAUGUCCCAGAUCACUGUUCCACGCUAGGGAGACUUGACAGCUAUCGCUCUGCCAUGCAGCGCUCGGAAACCAAGGACACCAGCUGCCAGACGGAGGAAGUUAAAGUUGUGCCCCCUUCAAUGAGAAGAAUAAGAGCACAGAAAGGACAAGGCAUUGCAGCCCAGAUGUCUCAGUUCUCCAGCUCAUCUGGAAACAUGUCAGUGAUGAGUGAUUCUGCUGCAGUUAUAUUUGCUUCUCGCCAAAAUAGCGACAUAGGUUUUCACAGCUUGCCUCGAGUCGGUGCAAGAGUGUCUCUGCAGUCCCUAGACCAGACACAGAGCAUCUCUAGGCAGACGGAAGACAUUGCUGGCACUUUACCUCACCAGAUAAGUAAAUUGCAAGUGGAUGAUAGUGUUGUGCAUCUGAGGAAUAAUCCCACGACAGGGACCCUGUCGAGGCCAAAGUCUCAAGAGGUGAGAAGCUGUGAUAGUGAGAAGUCCGCAAGCCCAGCAUGUGUGGUCUCUCCUCAUGCCACCUACUCAACAAGCAUCAUACCCAAUGCAACACUGUCAUCCUCCUCAGAAGUUAUUAUUAUUCACGCUGCCCAGAGUGUUGGAUCAUUGGAUAGUAAAAUGAACAGCUCCACUGCCUACCCAAAUCCAAGAGACAAUCCUGUUACCAGCAGUGCAAUAAGUGGGAAAGAAGAUCACCAUUCUUCAAGCGGUAACUGGAGUGAGAGUAGCUCCACACGUCACUCACAGACUUCAGAUACCAUCCCAUCGAAUGCUGUCAUGAUGCUUUCUCUUGGUGACUCUGCUGUCUCUCUUACCACUCCUGGGAAUGCAGAGGCUGGGUCUCAGACCACAACCUACAGCUGCAGGAACAAUGUUGCUUUACCAAACCCUUCCCAGGACAGCGACGGUAGGAGUGAAUCUAGCUAUUCUGGGGAGCGAGCACAGGCAGCAGUGGACAGCACAGAGCACUGGUUGUACAAGUCUUCAGAAAACAGUGAGACUCCUUCACGCAAGGUGGUUUGUACCACACCAGGCUAUGCCACUCCUGGUAGCAACCUGAGCAGCAGCAGCCUGGAGAGGACAUCGGUCAGGGAUGAUUCUACUUCUCUGUAUUCUGGGGACCACGAUGGUUAUUACAGUUCCGUGCAUAAUGACUCCGGGCUGAAGUCAGACAUGCCGUACAAUAAUACUAAUGGUUUUGGGAACCCAAGAGACAGUGUGAUAAAUGUCUUCGAAGGAAAGGAGAAGAAACAGCAGGAUGACCAGUCAGGCCAAGGUGACAAAUCUCUUGCAAGAAACAUCUCUCUGAAAAAGGCCAAGAAACCACCUUUGCCACCAUCCAGAACAGACUCACUCAGAAGGCUGCCUAAGAAAAAAGUCCAAUCCAGUGGACAGGUACUUGAUGAAACCCUCAUUGCCACCCUCCAGCAUUCUCUGCAGUUAAAUCUCAAGUGCAAAAAUGGCAGCUCCCCUUCCCAGAGCCCCUCCAGUGAUUACGAGGAUCCCUGGGUGUUGCGCUCCCGCAGCCAAAGCUCGGUCAGUGCAAGCAGCAGCAUGAUGUCCACCACUGCUCCAAACCUUUACUCCAUCUGCACAGUCACUCCCUCACAGAGUGAAACAAGUAGCAUCAAGUCAGAGUAUGCUGACCAGUGGGGCUACUACAGCGACUAUGCCGCAGUGACAGACGACCAGGUGAAAUCCCCAGUGACCCAUUCUGUCAGUACAUCGUCGGCUCUCAGCGAUUACAGCAUCAGCCACUUCAGUGAUGGCUCAAGGGCUUCUGUGCCACAAGUGCCCAGUGGGCUGGCAAAACCAAAGAGCACUUCUCCAGAGAAAUCCCACCGAGUCACGUCACCGUCAAGUGGGUACUCCAGCCAGUCCAAUACACCCACUGCGCUUACUCCAGUGCCUGUACUUUUAAAACCUGCAUCAUCAGGAAAUGGGAAAUCCAAGCUGAAGCCUAAAGUGCCUGAAAGGAAAUCCUCUCUUCUGUCUUCAGUUUCCAUGUCUUCAUCCUCCACUUCCCUUUCUUCAAAUACAUCUACCGAAGGGAGUGUGAGUGUGAAGAAACUAGACCCCGCCCUGAGCCCUCCUCUGGAUUCUGGUGCACCUCCUCCACCACCUCUUCUUCCAACACCUCCACAUUGCCCCGAACUUUCUCCUCCCCCUCCUCCUCCUCCAGCAGAAGUCAUGGAUUCGUCACCAUUGUCAGCCUCUCCCACAUUCCCCCCUCCUCCACCAGAAGCUAAUGUAAAUUCUUCCUUUGCUCAGACUGUCCCUUGGUUUUCUCAAGAAGCUUCCAUCAGUUCAUUCUCUUCCACCAUUCCUCCUCCUCCUACUUGCCCCUUAGCUGUCCCACCACCAGCACCACCUCUUGAUCCCAAGUUAACAAAAGGUGCAACAAUAUACCCACAGUAUUCUUUUAAGAAACGCAAUCAGGAAGAUUCUUGCUAUAGUCCAGUGAAACAACCACUCAACAAGCAAGACUCAUCGAGACCUGUGAUGCCAUUAGUAACUACCAAAGCAUUGCAAAUGGUGCAGUUGAGGUCUGUGAAAAAAGCGACAGAAGGUGAACCUGAAUCUGCUUCUGAAGCCACCUCUGAGGAGAAGGGUACUUUAAAUUCAUCGUCACAGUCUUCCCUAAAGUCGUCUCUCUCACUAAGACUCAGUAGCAGCUUAGGCAAUGAGGAAAUGAAAACUCAAGGCACUUCAUUUAAAAAUGCAGUUCAAACACUGUCUCGAGGUUCUCCUCUCAUUCUCUCUGAUAACACACCUGCUCUUGACAGCGAUGAAAAACCUAUUAAUGCAGUAGGUCUAAAAAAGUCUUCUGAAGCUGAUGCACUGGGGACAGCUACUGAAGACACACCUGAGUCUUUGGUGCAGAAUGAAGGCCUUCGUUCUGGUAUGUCACCUCAGGGGUCACCAGCAUCUCCUGACAAGGUUCAGGUCAUAUUGCCAAGCAAGAAACCACCUCCUAUUUCAAAGAAACCCAAACUGUUCCUUGUUGUACCACCUCCACAGUUAGAUGUUACAGUGGAGAAAGCAGCUGAAGUGAGUGAUACUGUCAGAAGCACAUCAAGUCCGACUAAGAGAGACACUGUGCUCGCACACUGCGAGGAGGCGAGAAAUUGUCUUACAGAUGGACUCAGUUCUAGCGAGAUGGACUCUGGCAGCCUGGUUCCUGAGGGAGGAGCUGCUGGAUUCACCUUCUCUGAGGCAGGGGGAGCAAAUGCCUUUGUGGUACAGCCUGCUGCAUCACCAGUUCAAGAAGAGCCCAGGCAGGAGGAGCAGUCUGCUUUUGAUGAAGGAAGCAGUUCAGGCAGCAGCCAAGACAGCGGCAGUAACGCUGACGGGCACCUACCUCAAGAGAACGAAAGUGUGGAAGUGUUUGAAUCAGAUACAGCAAAUAGUUCAUUCCUGCCAAGCUGUAGUUAUGGGGAAGAGACGGAUGGAGUGGCAACACCAGCGAGACCAAGGACUACUGAAGAUCUUUUUGCAGCCAUUCACAGAUCCAAAAGGAAAGUCCUUGGCCGUAAAGAUUCUGAAGACGACCGUACCCGCAACCAUUCUCCGUCGCCCCCCGUAACUCCCACUGGUGCUUCCCCAAAUUUAGCUACCCUCAAACAAGCCGGAUCUAUUCAGAGAAGCGUUCGCAAGAGCAGCACCAGCAACGACAACUUCAAAGCCCUGCUGCUGAAGAAAGGGAGCCGCUGUGACACCAGUUCCCGGAUGUCUGCGGCAGAGAUGCUGAAGAACACGGACCCGCGGUUCCAUCGGACAAAGACAGAUGCCCCCGCUGACCUUUCUGACAACCCUGCCAGCUGCUCACCCAGCAAGAGCAAACGGGCCCAGGAAGAAUGGGCCAAGAGCGAGGGCCUGAUGCCAAGGAGCAUGUCCUUCUCUGGCACUAGGUACGGCCGGUCACGAACACCCCCGUCUGCUGCCAGCAGCAAGUACAACGUCCGCAACCGCAUCCAGAGCAGCCCCAUGACUGUCAUUAGUGAAGGAGAUGGGGAAGUGGUGGAACAGUCAGAGGGCAGGGUCCGGAGGACUUUGGAAGAGCAGCAAGAGAGGCAGCUUAAUAUGUUUAACAGUGAUGAAAUGGACAUGAAUGACUUUGCAUAUGUUGAGGAGGCAGGAUGCAAGGAGACCUUGGAUCCGGCCCAUCUAGACUUAAUGACUCAACCAGGUACUUCAAGGAAGUAUCUAAGCCCUUCAGCUGAAGAAAGUUAAAAGGCAGUGUGACAGAAGGCUUUGGGUAUUAGUCUAGAAAAUCACAGAGGACUAGAUUCCCGAAGAAAGCCCAGACCAGGACAAGUUUACUUUGCUGAGCAUUUAUUCCAUGAACUGCAUGUGUAUGUUUAAAUGCUAAAGCGAUGGUGGUUCUGCAUGGUUGGGUUGGGUUGGGGAGCACUUGCUUUGAAUGAGUGGUCUGUGGCUUAAAGAAAGUUAAGUUGAAUUUUUUGUGUAAAGCCUUAGAAGUCCUCUUGUGGGGUGGGAGGGAAGUUUUCUCAGAGUCUGUAGGGGUGUGAAGUUUUUCUUUUUCUUGAGACUGCAGUUGUGCAAGAAAAAUUUAGGAAUAAACCUGAAAUGGGAAGGCUCCUGUGGUACAAGCUGGACAUUUGGUUCAAAAGCAUUGUAGUGGUGCAGCGUAGUGCAUAUGUUAAGCAGAGAGAGGCACGGUGAGGCCCAUUCACCUGUGAGAAGGUAGUAGGGUUGGUGCUGGGGUUACAUGGUUUAUUACUGGGUUAUUGGCCCAGUGUUCGAUGAAGCAUGUCCUGCUUGAGCGAUUAGCUCACCAGAUUUUGAAUUGGUCCAGAGUACUGUAAUUUUUAUUCUUUUUCCUGAGGGAAAAUGAAAUACACAGUGAACGUGGAAAAGGGAGCUGAGUUUUAUAACACACUACUAGCUGCUGUGCAGCCACACAAUUAUGCUUGGUGAAACACUCAUUUCCAAGUGAAUUGCUUUCUUGACUGGAGUAUUCCCUUAGAGAACUGGAACAACUGGAUGUCUGCAGAGGAUGCAAGCAGACAACAUUUGAAAAGUGGGAGAGGAAUGAAGCAGUGUACUGCUAGAAUUUGGAAGGGUUACUACUAUUGUGGUUUAGGAAUGAUAUUCCCCAAUUUAGUUUUUCCACUGAACCACUCUAAACCAAGUGCCGCUCCCUCCCUCCCUCCUCCCCUUCCCUGCUUCGGCAGGCUAGAGAGGAGAAUUGAAGGCACAAAAAAUAAGGAUCACAGGUUGAGGUAAGGACAGUUGUCUGAAAACAGCAAUGAGAUAAGAAAAAGAACAGUAACAGCAACAAUACUAAUGACAGAGUGCAGGAGAAAGCGGAAAACGAUUCACACGCAAUUGCUCACCGGAGCCCAGUAAUACACGAACCUGCCACCACGCUACCCCGACUGGGAGAGCCCCCCAUUCCCUGCCCCUGGUAAUGAUGUGAGGUGGUAUGGAAUAAUUGCCCCUCCUGGCUACUGCAGAAAUUAACCCUGUCCUGGCCGGAACCAGGACAGUUAGAUUUCUGAAUUAGAAAGCAAAGUUUGACUUUUAGAACUUGCACUACAAAGCUGUAGGUGGAGCCUGUCUUUCAAAACUGAAACUUGGGAGUUGUGUUUUGCCAGAAGUUUUGUCUUCCAUUUGUCAAAACAGGAAGACUAUUACUUUUCAUCACUUGAAAUACAGAUACUUGCUAACUUUUGGUUACCAAAGAAUAAGUUACAGUUACCUUACUUUUUGAUUUGCCUGCAGUAUUUCUCUUAUUUUUUAACCUUAAUAAUUUAGUGAGGUUCAUUUUUAUUGUAUAUUUUACAGAUAAUAAAAACAUUUAACGGUUUCCCAAUUGUAAAGAAAAUUAAUUGAAACUGAAAUACUGGCUGGAGUUUUUGGUUCUUAGUAGGAGUGAAGCUUUUAAUUUUUAAGAAGAAUUUUGCAUCAUUUGAUGGCAUGCGCAGUUUUUGUAUUGUUUGUAAAUAUUGAAAGUUGUUAAAAUAUCUUUUGAUCUCCGUACCGUAGAAUUUAUACAUUUUUAGAUUGCUUUUAAGAAGAAAAAGCACUCUUUGUAGAUUAUUUAUUUUAGAGAAAUAUGCUUGUAAUCUCUUUCUUCAAUCCUUUACUUGUUAGUAAUGUAAAUUUCAGGGGCCUUCGUUUAACUCUUCCCUUCAUAAGAGGGGAAUAGUGGUGAAAAUGCUGUGACUUUGCUUCAAUAAAGAAAAAGCCUGCCAGUUGCCAUAUUGUCUUUUGAAUUGAUUAAAAUCUUCUUCAAAAGAUGUGUCCCUCCGUGUAUGGCAACCCACUGAAUGCCAUAAUCCAUGCAUCCAGCUACUAAUCUCCCAUUUUUCAUUGCAAAAUUUACUAAUUCACUUUACAGACAAUUAAAGUGUACUUACAUAUACAUUGCAUUUUGGCAUCUCAAUUCUGAGACUAAAAAAAAUUGAAAUAAUAAUAAGCUUUUUCCAGUGUCAUGUGUGAAUGUUUCUACUACUUUUCUCCUACUUGCAACCUGUCCCAGAAAACUAAAAUUCUUGGAGAACCAGAUUAUAAGCAGAAUAAGCAAGGAGUAAAAUAAAAUGGAGAAGGUGAAUCCAGCUGCACUCAGUGGAACAAGGGUGGGAUUAACUGGUGCACAGUAAACUUCCUGCCAUUUUUAUGUGCUAACUAUAUUUAAAGAACCAUUGGAUUUUUUAAAUUAAAUUAAAACCUGGUUGGAUAAAGUA